AUGGGACCAAGCACAGAUCCCUGGGGAACACCACAGGAAAGGAUUGCUGAAGAGGAUGAACAGAGAGAUUCCACCUGGAUAUGGAUUAAGAGCUUCCUGUCCAGACACAGCCAGAGGGUGAGAUUGGGCCCACACACAUCCACGGCUCUUAGCCUCAGCACUGGCUCACCACAAGGCUGUGUGCUGAGCCCCCUGCUCAACACCCUGUACACCCCCACCCACCAUGGCAACACCAUUGUAAAAUCUGCUGACACCAUGGUGGUGGGGCUUAUCUCUGGGGGGCGGAAGAAAACCAACAUCUUGCCACUGUAUAUCAGCGGGAACCGUGUGGAGAGGGUGCCGACCUUCCUCUUUCUGGGAGUCCAUAUUAAGGAGGAUCUGACCUGGGGUGUGAAUACCUCUGGACUGCUUAAAAAGGCCCAACAGAGACAGAUCGCUGUGUUUUCAGUCACAGUGUUCUAUGAUGAGAGAGUAGUGAUUGUGGCGGAGCAGAGGCCAGAUGCCAGCGAGGAGGACAGCUUCCAGUGGAUGAGUCGAGUUCUCCAGGCUAUUGACAGCAUCCACCAGGUGGGCCUCUACUGUCUGGCUCUGGUCCCAGCCAACACCUUACCUAAAACGCCCCUGGGUGGCAUCCACAUCUCCGACACCAAGCAGUUCUUCUUAGACGGCAACCUGCAUCCCUGCAACAUCCUCAUGUGUCCCCAUACAUGUGUCACCAAUCUGCCUAAGCCCCGGCAGAAGCAGCCCGUCGGUGUAGGUCCUGCAUCUGUCAUGGUGGGCAACCUGGUGGCAGGGAAGAGGAUUGCCCAGGCUGCAGGCAGGGACCUUGGCAUGAUUGAAGACCAGGAUCUUGUCCGGAAGCUCUGUAUGUGGCCCACUGUGAUGCAUCAGUAUUUGACAGAAGCUCUACAGUGGAGGGCACAGACAGACCCGGACCACGUCCUCUUUGUUCUUCUUAAUGCCAAGGGUGUAACAGUAGGAACAGCGACCUGUGUCCAGCUUCACAAGCGAGCGGAGAAGAUAGCAGCAGCGCUCACUGAGAAGGGCAGCAUCAACACCGGAGAUAACGUAGUGCUGCUCUAUCCUCCUGGCAUUGACUUGAUUGCAGCCUUCUACGGAUGUCUUUAUGCUGGAUGUGUUCCUGUAAACGUCAGACCUCCGCACCCUCAGAACCUGGCAGCCACACUGCCUACUGUCCGCAUGAUUAUUGAUGUAAGUGUGCUCUUUUGUGCAUGCAGGUGUGUUAUCGCAUGCUCAUAG